GAUCGGUCUUUUCCGCCGCAGGCGUCCUGCUCGAGGUGCACACGCCAUCAUGAAGCUCAACAUAAGCUACCCAGCCACGGGAUGUCAGAAACUGAUCGAAAUCGAUGAUGAGAAGAAGCUUCGUCCAUUCUACGAGAAGCGGAUGGCUCAGGAGGUCGAAGCCGAUUCUCUCGGCGACGAAUGGAAGGGCUACGUGUUCCGUAUCACUGGAGGAAACGACAAGCAAGGUUUCCCCAUGAAGCAGGGCAUCCUCUCCAAUGGUCGUGUCCGGUUGCUCUUGUCCAAGGGCCAUAGUUGCUAUCGUCCACGUCGGAAUGGUGAACGCAAGAGGAAGUCUGUGCGGGGAUGCAUCGUCGACUCCAACCUCUCGGUUCUUUCCCUAGUGGUUCGUAGGAAGGGUGAGGCUGAGAUCGAGGGUUUGACCGAUAAGACCGUUCCCCGUCGACUUGGUCCCAAGAGAGCCUCGAAGAUCAGGAAGCUCUUCAACCUCUCGAAAGAGGAUGAUGUAAAACAGUACGUCGUCCGCAGGCCAAUCACCCCGAAGGAAGGAUCUGAAGGGAAGCUGAAGAAGCCCAAGACCAAGGCACCCAAGAUCCAGCGUCUGAUAACGUCGCAGAUGCUCCAGCACAAGCGCAGGAAGAUCGCCCUCAAGAAGGCACGAAUCGCUCGGAAGCAAGAGCAACAGGCUGAGUACGCCAAGCUACUCGCUCAGCGUACCAAGGAAGCGGCCGACAAGAAAGCCGAGCUCAUUCGCAAGAGGAGAUCGACUCGGGAAUCGCAGUCUUCAGCGGAUAGCGCCCCCGCCAAGAAAGCCAAGGCGACUGUUGAAGUUCUGAAGAAGGACAUCAAACCUCAGGCCAAGGCUGCCGUGCCUACGGCGCCUGCUAAGGGCAAGCCCGCAGCACCCGCUGCGAAAGGCAAAGAUGUCGGCAAGAAGGGAGCUCCUGCCCCCCCUGCCGCGAAGCCCGCCGCUAAGUCUGCUCCAACGACCGCUCCUACCGGCAAGAAAACCGCUGCGCCCGUCCCAGCGAAGGAGGCUCCGAAAAAAGCCGCUGCUCCGGCUGCGAAAACAGCAGCGUCAGCAUCUAAGAAAGGAGGUGCUAAGAAAAAGUGAAAACGAGUUGUUGGACGGGAAAAUAAAUGAAUGCCCCUUUCGAA